AUAAUACAACAAAACCAAAAACUCGCUCUUUGAACCAUCACAGAGUAGCUUACUGGUUUGAAAGAAACAAUGCCAUCUAUCAAGGGUAGGUACAUCAUUAGAAGUGUGACUUCAUCAAUGUGUAAAGUAUAUAUUAACAUCUAGUAUGUAAGAUAUAUCUUGUUAAACAUAUUUAUAAAGACCUUUAGGUCAUUUAAAUAACAAAGCCCUAGGGCAUUUACAAAAAAAAAAUAUUUAUAUAUAUAUAUUUAUAUGAAAUUUAUUUUUAAAACCAUUUUUCAUGAGAAACUAGUAUUUCAAUUAGUAAAACAAUAAUUUCAAUACUUUACCAUAUGCCAUUUCCAAAUAGAUAAAUUAUCAAACAUUAUAACUAAACUAAAAUGAGAACAAAUAAAACUAAUAAAUAAUUUUAAAACUUCAAGAUACAAAUAAAAUUUAAUUCAGUAUUGAAGAAAUUCAUAAACUAACAAAUAAUUACGAAUUCGUUUAUUUACGUUAUCAUUUGUAUUAGUAAUUUGUAUCACACGUCAUUCUGAUAUUUUACAAAGUUCAAAGACUUCUCAACUCAUUCUCCUUGGUUUUAAUUUAUCAAUUUAUUUCGCGCUUUUAUCACUAUCAGUGUUUAUUUGUUUUAUUAUUUGUUAAAUUUUUCAGAAAUGUUCUCAUUUUUAUUAAGAAUUUACAAAUUGUAUGUUACAAUGUUUAGUAUUUAAAGGCAAGUGUUGUUUUAACUGUAAAUUUAAAUAAAUUUAUAGUAAAUAUAAGAACAUAAAUGUUUUGGAUUAUACUGCCAUAAUUUUAAAACGGUUAGUUAUUAUAAUAUUUAUAAUACAAAUAAUAAAUUUAUGAAUUCAGAUCAAUUGUUUGUUCAUACUUCCUAGUAUACUGACUAUUAUAUAUUAAAUUAUAUUACCUAUUAGUUAUUAUUAUAUGAACGUGAACUAUCUUGUACAUCAUGAACAAAAAUAAGACUGAUAAACUUAAUAAAUAUCUCAUUAAAUACAUUUUUGAUAUCUAUUUAAAUAUUUGUUCUACAUACUGACAAUGUUAUUAAAAUUCUCCACAUUUACAAUUUGAUUUGUGUGUCUCAAUAUAUGUAUUAGAUAUUCAGUUAUGGUACCAAGGGUAGGCCAGGUUGACCCAGACCCACUAUAAAUUGUUUAGGUCCCAUGGCUGACCAACCCUUAAGUAUUAUAUUCAUAAUAAGUAUUUUUGUAUAAAAUGUAAAUAUUAAACAGUUUAUGUUAUGUACUUAUUUAGAUUCUGAUUGUAAUAAAAAAUAUAUUGGUUUACUAUGUGUUUUUUUUCAUGUCUGUUAAUAACUUAUGUAUCAGAAUUCUUGCUCUAAUAAAAAAUAACAAUAGAGCUUUUUGUACCAUUUCGCAUCUUGUUAGUGAAUUAAAAAGUUAUUUUUUUAACAAAAUUAUAGACAUAUUUUUUUAUUACUUCAACUGGAAAUACAUUUAUCAGUACAUCCCAUGUGUGAUUUAAUUUUCAAAAAAAGUGAUUUUUGUAGCUAUUCGAAAUUUUCAUGUUUUUAUAUUUUUUUUUUUGGAAAUAUAUUGUUUAGCUUCUCAAAAAUGCUUGAAAAUUGGUUGCACGAUUCAUUAUAUGUUUUAUUUAUGACACUAAAUUUCUUUUUGCUAACAGGUAGAUAUAUAUAAUUUGAGGUAUUUUUUUAAUGUAAACUUUCAGUUAUUUUGGUUUAUUUAAAAAAAAAAUGGUAGACUAAUGACACAGAUGAAGUUCUUAAUGUAUCGUGGCAUUUUGGUGAUUCUACUAUAAAUACUGUAAAUGUAAAAUUUAGGACCAUUACUUUUAAUAUUCAUGCAUUUCUAUAUCUUAUUUUCUUUUUCUUUUUUCAAUUUACCAGUUCGUUAAGUGGUCUCGCCAUUUAUCUUUAUUAUAAGUUAACUUAAAGGUUACGUUCUGGUUUAUCUCUUUCAGGUCUCUGGUUAUUACAUCAAUCUACCGGGUUCUGGGUAUUCUAAGGGGGUCUUGUUUUGUUUUUUUUUUCCAAGAGUACUUUGUUUAUUAGUUGCCCGUCUACUCUCCAAGUAUGUCCGAACCAUUAGCCGUUUAUUCCUGAUAAUCUCAAAAAUUAAAAUAAGAUAUUUGGUCUGUUGUACAAUUCAUCAUUUCUUCUUCUCUAAUAUGUAUUUGUAUCUUGGUUGAAUUGUUGUCCAUGUAUGUUUAGACUAUUUUUUUAUUUGUCAAGGACCAUGUCUCGCAAGCAUAAGUUAUUAUUGGGCACAAGUAGCUGUGAUAAAGAAGUACCUUUGAUGUCCAUGAGAGUAGUUUUGAUUUUAGUAAAAUGAUUAUGCUACAAUAACACCUGUUCCCACUCAUAAUGUUUUCACUUACUUCCUGGUGCAUAUUAUUCUUAUUAUUAAUGUUUACUUCCAAAAGUGGUCCACUGCUUCAAAUUUCAUCUUGUUAACCAAGAGGUCGUUUGCGUUCUGAUUAUUUCCCAACAUCAACAUGUGUUUUAUUUUAUUUUUCUUAUUUAUUAAAAAACAUUACAGCUCAAUAAAUUUUUAUAUGUUCUGGUAAACUCUUUAAGAGUUUAUAAAUAAAAUUAAAAUAAUGUUUUAUUGCUAAGUUUAUGAAUUUAUUGUAUUGCUCUCUAAGUAUAUUUUUAUUUUUCUAUUUUUAGGUGAUGGUUUUACAGUUGAUAUCAGUCAUUUAAUUUUGUACUAAAAAAAUGGACACCAGUCCCAAUACAGUUGCAGCUAUAUUAGAAGAAGUUAGAGAUGAUAUACAUAGCUCAACUAGUCCAUUAUCAAACCCAACACAUCCAACAAGCACAAAUGAUGCUAAUAAAAUUGUUAUUUACGUACAAGACAAAAAUCGCUUUAUUAGAUCUGAACAACAUGAUUUAUUUAAUCAUUUAAAUAAUCCACCGUGUUCAGUCAAUUAUAGUAAUUUACAACCAAUUGCAGCUAGAGCUCAAAGAAUAUUUGCAUCAUUAGGCACUGUUAGUCAAGGUUUGUUAGCAGGAGUAGCAUUAGCACAAUUAUUUUUAGGUGAAGCGUCUCAGCGUUCACCAUUAAUAUUGAUGUCCUUUUUCUUCUUGUCAACUGUAUGUAUGUGUACAGUUUUGGAUAUUUUUGACUUGUACAAAUGUGAAAGCUUCAAACCAAAAUAUAUUUUAGUAAGUACAAUAAAAUAAAAAGUUAUUUCUAGUUUCUACAAUUGCUUUUUUUAUAUCUUUCUUUUUUAAAUAUAACUAUUGGGUGUAAAUUAUUCAAUUGUAACACCCUUUUAAAAAGCUGAAUUUAAAUAAUUUCCAAAGAAAUAUGUUGUUGACAAUAAUAAUAUUUAUUGUUUGUUAUUUAUUUUUCAGGUAUUAUUCCUAAGUGUAUUAACAGCUUUAGCAGCAUUUGCAUGCACCACAUAUGAUACAGCUAUUAUGUCUGGAAGUAAAGUUGAAGCCAAAGUUUUAGAGACUUGGCGAGCAUUGAAUUGCUGUCGAUGUUAUGGUGCAGUUUUAGGAUGGAUUAUUAUUAUUAUUAUGAAACCUAAAGACCAGUUGGCAGAAUUUUUGAAUUCUAAUUAGUUUUUAAGUUUUAACAAAUUGUACUUAUUUAACAAUAUUUUAUUAGACAAAACUAAACUAUAAAAUAGUUAAUUUAUAAUUUGUUAGAUUUUUCAAAAUAACAGAUGAAUUAAUAUUGACAGAUUUAAUUUUAAGGAUAUUAGAUCUGGAUACAGGAUCUGUGAUUUUCUGUCUUUGUCUUACAUGUGCAACAUAGGAAUUUAAAUGUGUUCUAUUUCCAAUGUACCUAAUAGUUAAGUGAAGCGAUAAUAAUUCUGAAAACAGAUUUAAAUUUGUUAUCAAGUCAACUUAAAAUCAACUUACCUCCAUUUUGUUUUGCCCCUUUAAAUCUUAAAAUAAAUCAUAAUAAAAAU